UUUUUUUCUUUUCUCCAAGCGCAUUUCAGUUUUCCUACGCCCCUUUGAUCCACUUCUCUCUCGGUCUCUCGGUCUCUCGGUCUCGCUCUUCCUCUCUCUUGCCCUCUCUCUUGCGCUCACAAUUUCAACUCAGAAUCGCCUUGCUUUCGUCUUUCCGGGCGCCUUGAUCGUACCCACGGAGUCUCUGUGGUAUGGCUUCGUUAUGGCUGUCGUGUCGGGGAUUCCUUGCCUUGGAACACCAGCUGCUUCUCCUGAUGUGGACACGAGUAGGGUUUCGUUUUGGGUUGGUUCGAUCUGGCGGAAUCGCUUUGUGGAUACCGUGAUCGUCUCUGUCUCCGACAUGGGGUUUGCGGGUAGCUUACGAGGAGGUGGCUAAGAUGAUGCCGCAGCUUGGUGAUCAGCAGAUGCAGCCGCAGCUUCAUUAUCAGCAAAUUCAGAAACAGCAGCUGUCCCAGUUCUGGCAGCAGCAAAUGCAGGAAAUGGAGCAAGUCAAUGAUUUUAAGACCCAUCAGCUACCACUGGCACGCAUCAAAAAAAUCAUGAAGUCGGAUGAAGAUGUUAAGAUGAUCGCAGCCGAAGCUCCAGUGCUGUUUUCAAAAGCUUGUGAGAUGUUUAUUUUAGAAUUGACACUGCGCUCUUGGAUUCAUACGGAGGAAAAUAAGCGAAGGACACUACAAAGAAAUGAUAUUGCAGGGGCUAUCACUAGGGGAGACAUCUUCGACUUUCUUGUUGACAUCGUUCCACGUGACGAGUUGAAGGAAGAAGAUUUGGGUGUGCCAUGGACUGGUGUUCCAGGGGAUGGUUCUGUACCUUACGGAGGAAUAUUCUAUCCACCCAUGGCUGGACAGCAAAUGCAUCAUUCUAUGGGGGCUCCUGAGAUGAUGGUUGGGCAGCCACCAAACCCACAAAUGAUGUAUCAGCCUCCACAGACUGCCUUUGUCCCCGAGCAGCAGCAACAGUGAAUGCAUUACCACCUAGAGAACGCUGAGCAUCGAAGACGGGACAACUCAAGGAAAGGGCUAUCGCAUCGAGAUUCUUUCGUCACGUGGGAAUGGUAUUUAUCAUACUGUUGCUACCAUCUGUCAUUCUUAUGGCAAAAGGGGUCACAGGAUCAGGAUUUUACCUUUCACUACAGCGCUUUUGUGUUGGCUUUCAACUAUAUUUUAAGGAAAUCGUAGCUGUAGGCGGUGAUGCGACAGUUCUGAGCACUGCUAAUUCUAGCAGAGUUUAUGUUUGGUUUAGCAAGUCAUGAAGGGCACAAAGGGACCCGACCCCUCCAUGGAUCUGGUAGAAAUUUGUGAAUAGUGAUACUAGUGCAGGCAUAAUUAUUAGCAUGUGCAGGAGUUGCUCUUAAUGUUAGGUUCGAGGAUCGGGUAUCCAUUUUCUUAGUACCAUUGUUUCUUUUAUGUCUCCCUGGUUUUAUCUUUCAGACUGUACCGGGUGUCCCAAUCUACAGUUUUUGACCUGAUCUAGUUAUACAGCAACACUCUGUUUUUGAAGACUCCUCUCACAACAGUGCCACUAUGUUCA